AUGCCGGCGCAGAACCAAAACCAAAACCCGUCGAACUUGGGCGAGCGCGCUGACGCAGCCACGACGUCUCUCCGCGCCAUCCUGCGCACGCUGGAGAUCGUCGCGCAGCGCUUUAAGACACCGUUUCUGGAUCCAAUCGUCAGCAGCAGCUUGGUUAUCCUUGAUAUCGUCGCAGUGGGUGCUCAGGCAUUUCCCCGAAUCCGCACUCGAUUGAAUAUCGAUCGACAGCAAAGCUCGCAGAAUACAGCAGAUUCUAUCCGUUUGCUGGAGCAGGUCUCGGAACUGCUGUACAUAAUCGCGAGUCUGCAUGUAGCCCCCGCAGCGGACUCGGAUACGGACACAGAUCCCCGCCCCGUGGACAUUCCACUCACCCUGCUGGAUGCAAUGGCUCAAUUCACAGAGACUCUCACCAAGAUCAAGACGUUUCUCGAAGCACAGCAACAAGGGAGCCGGAUCCGCAAAUUCUUCCGGCAAGCAGAGAUGACGAGGCUGCUUCGGGCCUGUCAAGUAGGAUUGCAGCAAGCGUUGGACGAGUUCAAGAUGAAAAGUGCCCGGAUCCAGGACACCAUCCAUGAUCUGGAGACCAAUUCGGGUCGGAUGCACGAGGAAAUUAUGGAGCUGAUUGCCAGGAUGGUCGCGGACGAUACGGGUUCUACAUUCAGCGAUCGAAAGUCGAGCUACUUAAGCAGCUGUAAUUCCUUGACAUUGCUUCCUUCCGAGCCGAAAAUCUUCCACGGACGCGAGCAGGAGCUCGAGUCCAUCAUUUCCGCCUUCUCUCCUGACGGAUCCAGAGGCGGACCGAGAAUCGCCAUCCUGGGAAUGGGUGGAAUGGGUAAAACGACACUGGCGCGCGCCGUUCUGCACCACCCCACCAUCACCAACAUGUAUCCCGUGCAUAACCGCUUUUUCGUGAGCUGCGAGAUCGCGUCCACGGCCGUGGACGUCAUCGCCACAGUGGCUGAGCAUUUGGACCUCAAACUUGGAGGCAGGAAUCACGCCAAGAGCGUUGUGAAGUGGUUUGUUGAUCAUCCCGCUGCGCUGUUGAUCUUGGACAAUUUCGAGACGUGCUGGGAAAACGAAUCAGCAAGAGAUGAGAUCGAAGAGUUUCUCUCCCUUCUGUCGGAAGUGCAGCACCUCUCGAUUGUGAUCACGAUGCGCGGGGCUGAACGGCCCGGAAAGGUCCGCUGGACGCGACCCUUUCUUCCAUCGCUUGCGCCGCUCAGCCGUGAUGCGGCGCGCAAUAUUUUCGUCGACAUCACCGAUGGUGUGCAUUCCGUGGAGGAGAUGGACUCGGUACUGGACCUGACGGACAACAUGCCGCUCGCCAUCGACCUGAUCGCCCAUCUCGUCGUGUCUGACGGCUGUGACACGGUGUUCGCCCGGUGGAAAGACCAGAACACGGCUGUCCUAUCGGAAGGGCACGAUCGGAGAUCGAACCUGGACAGCUCCAUUGCCUUGUCGCUUUCCAGUCCACGCUUGGCUGCUCUUCCUGGCGCAAAAUCUUUGCUCAGCAUUCUUGCGCUGCUCCCGGAUGGUCUGACGGACGCACAAUUGGUGCAGAUGAACGUCCCAAUUCCUCAUAUCCUCCGUUGCAAAUCAGCGCUGCUAAGAACGUCUUUAGCAUAUUUGACUCCAGCACACCGGCUGAAAGUGCUUGUCCCGAUCCGCGAAUACGCGCUCAAAGUGCAUCCCCUGGCCAAAGAUAUGAUGCAUCCUAUCGCCAGCUACUUCUUCUCCUUGGUGCGCCUCUUCCGGAGCUCCUCUGGUAGAGCAGGAAAUCCCGGCCUAGUGAGCUUGCUGGCUUCGAACUCCUCCAACGUUGCGAGCGUCCUCGAUUCGACUCUCCUCACUGGUCAUAGGGAUUUGGCCGAGGCGAUCUUGUGUGCCAUCUCGUUUGACUCCUUCCUGCGCGUCGUCCUGUGUCGUGGGCGCUGUCCAGCGAUCCGACGCGUCCCGGAUCUUCUCACAGAACUAGAAAACGAACACGAGCUUCAUGUUAGAUAUGCGACGAAUGAUCUCCUCUCGCUGUACGGCGGCAACGUGCGAGACCUUCGCGCGCGCGUCGAACAAAAUGACGUCCAUCUCAUUUCCCUUCACGAUCCCUCCAUCAAAUGUGAGGACGUGUCUGAACUCUUACCCUCGACUGACUCGAUAUUUCCAGGCCAGUUCUACGAUGCGGCAGGAUCACUCUGUCGAAUCCUAGGCCAAGACAUGCCUUAUUCGAUUCGUCUGCACCGCACGGCUCUCGAGAUUGCCGUGUCUCAUGAGCUCCUCGAGGCUCAGUCGGACUCCCUCAACUUUCUCGGCCAAACGUAUCUCCAAAUGGGCAAUCCCACUGAGGGUCGAGUUUGUGUAGCCCAAGCAUUCGCAGCCGCUGUCAAAUGUGGCGUGGUCUAUUCCCAAGCCGUCUCGUUGCAUAUCGAUGCACGAUGUUGUCAAGAGCUGGGCGAGUUCGUCAAGACUCUGGAGUUGUGUUCUCGCGCGUCUGAGCUAUUGGCUCUCUGCGACAUGUCCGAAUGCGGGCUCUCCCUGGGGAUCGCCGCCGCCCGCGCGCAAGUCCAUCUUUCCAAGACGGAGUACACCGAUGCCCGCGCGAUCCAAGUGAAGUCUCGCUUCCGGGCCCAGAACGACGAGGAUCCGUACCAACACGCCCACGCGCUGAUGAACCUCGCGGAAAUCGAUAUCGCACUGGGCGUGGACGCGAGUUCCGUCGAGAGCAUGCUGGACGAUGCGAAGAAGCUGUUCGGCAGCAUCCGCUUCGACCUCGCGGUCACCGUGUGCGACAUGAUCCUCACCGACCUCUGGCUACGGGACGCGCCCGCGGAAUACCCGUCGCGCGCGGGUCCGAUCCUACUCCGCUUAGUCGCUGAGCUGCGUGGGCGACACAAUGCGGUGGAGAUUGAGUUACUGCGCAGACUGGCUGACGGGGCGAACUGGAGCUCGUACGAUCUCCACUGCACAGUCACAUAUCUCGCCCUUGCCGCCACGUCACGAGACCGACUGGCGCUGCACCAGGCGCUGAUGUUCCUGGGCGAUGUGAUGGUCCACGAUUACAGCGACCGAGAGACCGCCGGUGCGCUCUUCCACGUUGCACUAGAUGGUUUCAGUGCCAUGGAUGUCCACCGUGCCAAGGGCGAGUGCUUGCUCCGCAUGAGCGAGAUCGCGGAGGAAAAAGAAAAAUUCUGGAGAGUUGCGCGCGAGUGUUUCGAGCGAGCAAACCAGGGCAAAAUGGUGCAACUUCUGGACUCGAAAUUAGCUGAUUCAUAG